AUGGACAUAAAGCUCAAGCCCCAGGUACCCACAUUUGUGGAAUCGGAUGAGCCAGCUAAAGAAACUGAGCCCCAAAAUGUGAACCGUUCAUCAAAUACAUAUAACGAGCCCAAUAGCAAAACCGGGAAUGAAACCUACUCGAUACAAGAUAUCGAAGUAGAGCAGAUUCUUCGUGGGAAAGUGAAUCGCUGCAAAAACCUUGAAGACCUUGCGCCCAUAGAAGCUUUGGCGAUUUUCAAUAGAUUGAUUGAUGACCUUGUUCAGCUGAGCAAAUUGACAUCGGGAGAGUCUAAUGUAGACCUAGACUUGCUUUUAUUUACACCCACAAAGAUUCACGGCGUAGAGUCGAAUACCUCUCAUCCAGUGAUACAAGAACCUGAGCAAGCAGUUGAAUCGAAGAGUCAGUUUGCAAGCGAUCAAGACAUUAAGGAAGAUCGAGAAAGGUACGAAGUUCCACUGAAAAUCAGUUCCAAAUUAAGGUUGAAUUUUGGCGACGCUUCAAUUCUUUCAUAUUCUGGAGCCUCGAAUUUGAGAAGUGAGGAAGUUUUGGGCUACUGUCGCGAUGAUAUGAAAACGAACGAGCCCAGACUUGACCACUACACCCUUUGUAGGAGAUUACCAGAUACAGGACCGGCGAUAAUUAGAAAGUUUUACCUGAAAAAAGCUCCAUCACUUCAGAUACCGAGAUACCUUGAACGAAUACACCAUUAUGCAAACCUAUCUACGGCUACACUUUUGACUUCCGCAUAUUUUUUAUUUCAUUUGACUUUCAACCUGAAGGCUCCUCUAUCGUCGUCACUGCUUCCUUUCGAACAGCCUCAGACACCUGAAGGGUUCGCAUGUAAAACUACAAUGCUUCAGAUAAAUGAGUUAAAUGCGUUCAGGCUCGUGCUUAGUGUCUUGCGCUUGUCUCUUAAGUUGAUCGAAGACAAAAACUACAAGCAAAGUUAUUAUUGCAAGGUCACUGGACUACAGAGUGUGGAAGAGCUAUUCAAACUGGAGCUGAACUUACUUUAUCUACUGAAUUUCGAUCUUUUUGUCAAUGAAAUCGCCUUGACGAGAUUCUUAUUUCAGUUUCACCAAUUCGAUUCAAAUUUACAGAACAUUUUAAGUUAG